AUGACACAGAUUGGUGCGAUUCUUUUAUCAAUAAAAUCGCAACACGAUCAUGGAAUCCAUAUCAAAGAUUAUUGUCUCUAUCGCAGAUAUUGUAAAAAAAAAUUAAGUCAUUUAUCUAAACUGUUAGGAAUCCAGCAAAUAAAUGGGAAAUACAUAAAGAAUAAAGAAUUAGAAGAAAAUCCAUUAUACUAUGAUUUUUUGGUUAUGAACAGUGAACGAGCCUGGGCUUACGCUAUGGAACUUAAAACAAAAAAUAGAAAUUAUAAGAAAGCCAAGUUAAAUCAUCGACAUAUUAUUCGUAGACUCUCAAGGGCAUAUCAAUUCGCUUAUCACUUGAGUAAAAUAACAGAUCAGCAAUCGUCCAUGCUUCGAUUACAAGCACUUGGAUAUGUAUCAAUAAAAAAAGGACAAUUAGCCUUUGAAUGUGGUCAGUGGGAACAAUCUCUUAGGAGCUUAUCAGAAGCGAGAAUUAUACUAGAAAUAAUGCAUGAAAAUAAAGAUUGUCAAUCACAUGUAAAAGAACUAAUAUCAUCUAUUGAACGAAGUAUUCAAUAUUGCGCAUAUCAAGAAAAAAUUCACUCAAACGAUAUUUUUUAUCUCUCACAAAAAAAUACUUUAAAUAAUAAACCUUUAGCUUCGUUUAUAGAAAGUUUUAAUUCUGAAAUAUUAGAACGUAAAAGCAAAGGAAAUUCAUUGAUAAUUUCAAAAAUAGAAUGGCGAGGACAUAUUUCACAUAUUCAAGAUGUUGAUAUAGCUAUUUCAUUAUCAUAUAUUCAAGAUCUAUAUCAAUCUAUUCAAAACAAAACGUUUACAAAUUAUUCAGAAAAAAAAGACCAAUAUAACAAAUUAUUAUCGGCAUAUGCUGAGGCUGAAAAUAUAACAAAAAAAGCAAUAGAAGAAUCAGAACGUUCUGGAAUAGAAGACCGAACACAAGAUCUUUAUAUUACAUAUUCAUAUAUUGCAUACAAUUAUAUUAUAGAACAAAUAAAAUAUGACUUAGAGAUAAUUUCAGAGCUAAGUAUGAAAUUGUUAAAUGAAAAUAUUAAACAAUAUAUUAUUUGCAAAUUAAUUAAAUUAUACGACAAUAUUUUACAAAAUCUUGAUGCUAUAUCAGAGCUCUCGGGAAUCUCAAAUGACUUAAACUUUCUUCAAACAAUAAAACUAGAAAAAUACUAUUUCAAAUCUCAACGUUGUCUUGUAAUUUCCAUGUCAUAUUUUUCGCUUUUAGAUUAUAGAUCAGCUUUAGUGCUAGCAAUACGAGGCUAUGAUUAUUUAUCAAAGAUUUCUCUUGCAAAUGAUAAAGAAACAAUUUUUAUAAAUAAAGACAAACUUAUAGAAUUAAAAAAAGACAUAGAUACAAAAAUAAAUAGAUUCCGCGCAUUUUCAUGCUUAACUAUUCCAGAAAUUGAAAGGAAAGAACCAUCAUUAAAGGUCUCUACUUUAGAAACAGUAGAUAAUAAUCAUCAAAAGCGUAACUUAUCUACACUUAUAAAUUUUCCUUUAAAAUUAGAGGCAUUGUUUUGUAAACCUUUUUUUUUCGAUAUAGCAUAUAAUUAUAUAGAUUAUAAAGAACAUGCAGAACAAUCAGUUAAUAAAGGUAGCUUUUUUAAAAGCUUUUUAGGAAAAUAAGGCAACUUUAAAUUUAUAACUUAUA